AUGGGUCGGAAAUUCAAGCCAAGGCUCCCCGCCCCCGGGGAGGUGCUGUACCCCCUGGACGGCUCUCCCGCGGUGGAGUCCGUGAUGAGCCCCAGCGGCCUGAAGCUGGCGCUGUAUGCGUGGCGGGUACAGCAGCCGAAGACGGUGGCUCUCUUUAUUCACGGUGUACAGACUCACGCGAGAUUCGAAUUUCUAAGGCACCUAAACCCAGGCGAGCCCGACUUGCCUUCUCCAGCUCCCCCGGCUGCAGCCGCGCCCGCGGGUGCAGCGCAAGCGGCGCCCGCCGCAGCCGCAGCAGCAGCAGCAGCACCUGAAGCAGCAGCAAAGGAAAGACGCGGCAGAGGGAAAGCUAAGGCUGUACGGCCAAUCGGCCGACAGUGCCUGCGCUGGUGCAUCUACGAAGGCAGCUGGGUGCAGCAGCUCAACCGCUGGGGCUGCUCCGUCUAUGCCGGGGACCUGCAGAGUUUUGGCCUCUCGGAGGGCUGGAAGGGCCGCCGCUGCAGCGUUGAACGCCUCGACAACUUCGCUAUGGAUGUCAUUGCCUUUGCAGAGUUCGUAGCCGCAGAUAUCAGCGCUAGGCCCGCCACCGGGGGCUCCCCAGCGCCCUCGGGCGACCAGCAGCCGCCCCCCAUUUACCUCGUGGGCAUUUCCAUGGGUGGCUUCUCAGUAAUUCGCGCCUUAGAGAUCAUGGGCGAAACUCACCACUGGCUUGUCCGCGAGGCCCCCACGUCUGAGGCCCCACACCAGGAGGCCCCAGCUGCGCCCCCCCGCCAGGGGCCCCCCCACAGCUCCACCCAAGGGGCCCCCGUGGAGCCCCCCGAAGGGGCCCCCUCGGCAGCGCUGUCGACGGGAAGCCCUUCCGGUACCCUGACGGAGGCUCCAACAGGGGCCCCCUCAGGAGCCCCCACGGGGGCCCCCAGUGGGGCCUCCGACGACAUAAGGCCUCGCAUUGUUGGCUGCGUCGCUCUGGCGCCCAUGCUGUCCAUAGAAAAGGCCAGCUCGGGGGCCUACAACAGAACCAUGACAAAAGUUGGGGGAGUCUUGUCUCGUGUGGCUCCGCAUUUGGGGGUGGUCAAGGUGCCUCCGGCUCGGCUUCCGUGGGUUGAUGACCAGAAGAACGAGGACCCACUGGUGACGUGCCCGUUGAAGAUCCCGGCUCGGUUAGCCGCUGAGGUGAUGGCUGCUGUGCCCCGCGUGCACUUGAAUGCGAAAUUCAUUCCACUGCACAUUGCCCUUCUAAUUAUACAUGCCAGGGAGGACUCUAUCGUGGAGCCACAAGGCAGCAUACGGUUUAUGAAUGAGUCGGGGGCGCAUAUACAAAAGCGCCGGCUGGAUAUCUUGGAGGGGGAGAGGGGCCACUACCUGGUGAUAGAGCCAGGCAACGAUGAAGUGCUCGCGGCUAUAAAGGAGUGGCUUAGGCUAUAA